GGGAGGCAGUGGAAGAGGGAGGUGGCGGCAGCGGCAACGGCUAGCGGACUCGAAUCACAACCGGACUAAGGCCGACACUUCCCUGGACCGAGUCAGUAGGAGCACCGAACACCGGAGGCGGCACCGGGAUCCCCGGCUCUGGGGAGGGGGGCGCCUGACCGGGAGGAGGGGAGGGGGCGAUGCUGGAAGCCAUGGCGGAGCCCAGUCCCGAAGAUCCACCUCCGACUCUUAAACCAGAGACUCAGCCACCAGAGAAACGACGACGAACGAUUGAGGAUUUCAACAAAUUCUGCAGUUUUGUACUGGCCUAUGCUGGUUAUAUUCCCCCUAGUAAAGAGGAAAGUGACUGGCCAGCUUCUGGCUCCAGCUCUCCAUUGCGAGGUGAGAGUGCGGCAGACAGUGAUGGCUGGGAUUCGGCCCCCUCAGAUCUCCGAACCAUUCAGACUUUUGUUAAAAAAGCAAAGUCAUCCAAGAGAAGGGCGGCUCAGUCAGGUCCCACCCAACCAGGACCCCCAAGGUCCACUUUCUCUCGCCUGCAGGCUCCUGACAGUGCCACUCUACUUGAGAAGAUGAAGCUCAAGGACUCUCUCUUUGAUUCGGAUGGCCCCAAAGUGGCAUCUCCUCUGUCUCCCACAUCCUUGACACAUGCUUCCCGGCCCCCUGCUACUCUCACCCCUGUGUCCCUUUCCCAGGGGGAUCUUACCCAGCCUUCUCGAAAGAAGGACCGAAAGAACCGGAAGUUGGGGCCGGGUCGGGGGGCUAGCUUUGGGGUACUUCGGAGGCCUCGACCAGCCCCUGAUGAUGGGGAAAAAAGAUCUCGAAUCAAGAAGAGCAAGAAACGGAAGUUGAAAAAGGCAGAGCGUGGGGAUAGACUCCCACCUCCUGGGCCUCCCCGAGCACCCACUAGUGAUACAGACUCUGAAGAAGAGGAGGAAGAUGAGGAGGAAGAUGAGGAAGAGGAGAUGGCAGCAGUAGGAGGAGGAGAAGCCCCUGCCCCUGUAUUUCCAACUCACCCGGAGGCUCCUAGCCCCCCUGCCACUGGGGCCCCUGAGGGAAUUCCCCCCACUGACAGUGAAAGCAAGGAGGUGGGCAGCACUGAAACAAGCCAAGAUGGAGACGCCAGCUCUAGUGAGGGCGAAAUGCGGGUCAUGGAUGAGGACAUCAUGGUAGAAUCAGGUGAUGACUCGUGGGAUCUCAUUACGUGUUAUUGCCGAAAGCCCUUUGCAGGGCGACCCAUGAUAGAGUGCAGCCUGUGUGGGACGUGGAUCCAUCUUUCCUGUGCUAAGAUUAAGAAGACCAAUGUCCCUGACUUCUUUUACUGCCAGAAAUGCAAGGAACUUCGGCCAGAGGCCCGGCGAUUAGGGGGUACCCCUAAAUCUGGAGAGCCUUGACAUCACCACCUUUAAGCUAGGACGGCAAUAAACUAGAAGACUUGGGAACAGAGCCUCAGGGUUCCGAGCCAUCCCCUGGAGUUUGGACAGUCCUACUUCAAGGCGGGGAUUCCUUAGGGAGACUUGCUUGGAAAUGAGUGUCUCAUGUUCCUAUCUACCUUCCUUCCCAUUCCAUCCUCUGGACUUGAAGUUGGAUCCACUGCAGUUGGGGGUGAAGGGUUUUCUGGGUUGGUACUAGGCGCACACAGUCCCUUCCCCUUGGAUCUGCCAUCCCUCACUUUCUGGUUCAGGGUUGGAAUUGGGAUGGAAUUUUAUAGAGUCUAUAAAACUCUAGUGUAAAUAUAGCAGCACUCCCCUCC